AUGAGUCUAUCCCCUUCGGCUUCGCUCCCGGAAGAAUCUUGCUCCAUCAUCUUCAACCAGACCCUCUACUCUUACACACCCGCCGGCUUCCACGCCCUUCCCUUGCGCAAAGAUGCCGAGUGGAGUCCAUUGCCCCUCGGCGUCGCCGUGCGCGGGGGAGUGUGUGUCAAGGCCACGCCCCAGGAUAGCCAAAUUCCAUCCGCCAUGUUCAUCGUGGGUGGUGUCGCCAACUCUUCCGACUACCAGGGCAUCCAAAAGUAUACCUUUGACACACGCCAGUGGGAAAAUAUUGUCCUCACCGAUCCUGUCCUGCAAAACCGCCGCUUCCACGGUGCCCUAUACCUGAACGCCUCCAAUUCCAUCUUAGUCUAUUCUGGUACUCAGGGCGACAGCAAGGAGUUAUCCUCCCAAACCUUCACCAUUCAAGCCUCCGUGCCAUACCAAGUCGCCGCCUAUGAGUCCAUUGCUCCACCUGCCAUCUCCCCCAUCUUAUUGCAAUGGUCGGAUCGGCAGGCUCUCUACUUGGGUGGCAGUAAAUCCAAUCAGAAGAUCAUGCUAUUCGAUCCCGCCACUUCAUGGGUCGAUUCAAACAUGACCCUGGCCAAUCCUAUCUCCAACCUCGAAGCAACUAAGGCUGUUAUUCUCCCUGGCCUCGGUUCGAGCCGUUUAAUCGAUAUUUUUGAUCUAUCACUGUCCCCAAACGCAGUUAAUCGAACCGUCCUUCAAGAUCCUAGCCCAAAAAUCGGUCUCAGCGCUGUCGUCGACGCACCCUCUGAUUCGAACUCACCCACCACGGCUGGGCCUGCCUACGAUAAUUCCUUGGCGCCCUCAUCGACGAGAUCCUCAUAUGCCCUUGCCCAGGAUUCCUCUGGAUUGGUUGUCAUUUCUGGUGGCAGCCAGACUAACCCCUUCAGUCUCUUUAAUAGCCAGAAAAAUCGAUGGGAAGAUACGGCAGAAUUAUUAGGUACGCCCAGCCUCCAACCCCAAAGUCUUCCGGCGCCGAAAACCUCAGCUACCCAGGUGCCCGUGGCAAGUGCUUCGAGUACUCGCCCCCCGAGCGCUGCCAUAGCCGCCAUGUCUCCCGUGAACAUUCUUGGGGCCACGCUAGCUUUCCUUCUCGUCACCGGACUCAUCAUCAUCGCCAUCUUGAUUCUUUUCCGAUGGCGCAAGGGCCGGCAGCCUGGCGAAAACGGUGGUAACGCCAAGCGAGCGAGUGCUGUGGACGAUAAGGACGGUAUGGAUUUUAUGGAUAAGGAUGUGCCAUACAUGAUUUCUGCCCCUAGCCUCCCCAACGCGAAGCCGGACCCUGAGGUAACAGCUCCCAAAGCAGGAUUUUUCGGCUGGUUCGGUAAGAAAGACCAGAAGACGGUAGAUGUUGGUGACCCAGCCCUGCAGGAAUAUAAGAAUUCCAUCAGUCGACCCCUCCCGCUAAGAAAGGUCACCACUCGCUUGCGCAAAAGUACUUUCUCAUCCGAGGAAGCUCAAACCAUACCUUCGUCGGGGGGGAAGCCGGCCAUGACUCGAAGAAGCUCUGGAUGGAAUCGAUAUUGGUCAAACGGAAGUAGCACCGUCUUAGGACUCGAUGGAACCACAGUUCACAUCUCCGAUACUCGAGACCGAUCUUUGGAAGAUUCGGACGAAUCGGGCUCGUAUGCCUCCAUGACACAUCCCUUAACCCUCGGCGAAUGCCCAGAUCUCUACAAUGUGCGCUCAGGGAGCCCCACAGUCGCCUACCAAGCCCAACGAUACCCCAUGAUGGGAGAAAUUAGCAAUACCCAAAGCAGCCAAGGCUCCACAUCGCCAUACCACUCUUCGCCGCGCGGGGCCACGGAAAACUUCCAAAGCAUGUCUCAGACCAGCUCAUUUACUGAUGAUCGUUGGGCGCCUAUUGAAAGAUCAGAUAUGUCUCCUGAACCAAUCUAUUAUCCUGGAACCGACUCAUCACGUGGCUCCAGCUCAACAAAUCGAUCUAUGGGUAGCUCUCCACCCGACCGCCCACCUCCACCUCACGGUAGCCAAGUACUCACGUCGAGUGACAUUGCCUGGCUGAACCUCGGCGCCAGCGACAACAAAAUUUGA